AUGGCAAUAGUAAAACCUCCUCAACAACUUUUGAUUCCUUUAGAAGUAGAAGAAAGGUUGUUAAUGGGUCCUGGACCGUCGAAUGCACAUCAGAGAGUUCUAAAUGCUUGCGCGCAGCCAAUUUUGGGGCAUUUAGAUCCGAGAUUUUGUGCCAUAAUGGAUGAAGUUAAGAUGGGUUUACAAUACAUAUGGCAGACCACAAACACUCAUACAUUUGCGCUUAGUGGGACUGGACAUUGUGGAAUAGAAGCGUCUAUUAUGAACAUGACCGAACGUGGUGAAAAGAUUUUGAUCUGCGUUAACGGUAUUUGGGGAGAGCGUGCGUCGGAUAUGGCUGAAAGAAUAGUUGUGUUUCUAAAGGGUAUUUUGGAGAACAAACCAAAAGUUGUGUUUAUAACUCAUGGAGAGUCAUCUGGAACAACUUGUCAGCCACUGGAAGGUUUUGGAAAGCUGUGUCAAAAGAACGAUUGUAUACUAAUUGUGGAUAGUGUUGCAUCACUUGGUGGGUCACCACUAAAUAUUGAUGAUCUUCAGAUUGAUGUUGCCUAUAGUGGUUCACAAAAAUGCCUAAGUGCUCCACCAGGCUUGAGUCCAAUAUCACUUAGCCCUAGAGCAUGGAAGAAAUUAUUAUCAAGGAAAACCAAGGUUCCUUCAUUUUACUUUGAUUUCAAUAUGAUUGCAAAUUAUUGGGGAUGUGAUGAUGAACCACGAAAAUACCAUCAUACUGGACCCAUCAAUUCAGUAUAUGCUUUAUGA